CCCCGAGGCGACCGGCUCUUCCGGGGCUGGGACGGCUGUAGGCGGCGAGAGGCCUCGGCACCCACGAACUCAUAAAUACCGGGGCGGCGCUGGUGGCUGGAGAGGCGCGUGCGGGCAAGCUGGCGCCCCCGAGGCGUCUGGAUAACCACCCGUCUUGAAGGAGACCUCCCUGCCCUCCUGCCUCUGUCCCCCAGAGGACUGCCAGAUCAUCCUCCAUUCCCCAACCUCCCAGCCCUUCCUGCUGUACCUGUGGGGAGGUGACCUCCUCAGUCCCUCCACUUUUCCCCUGUCUGCGGUCACCACCCCACCACCAUGCACCCCCUUCCUGGCUACUGGUCCUGUUGCUCUCUACUCCUGCUAUUCUCCUUGGGAGUCCAGGGGUCCCCAGGGGCCCCCAGCGCUGCCCCAGAGCAAGUCCAUCUGUCUUACCCAGGUGAGCCAGGCUCCAUGACUGUAACCUGGACCACAUGGGUCCCAACCCGCUCUGAAGUGCAAUUCGGGUUGCAGCCGUCGGGGCCUCUGCCCCUCCGUGCCCAAGGCACCUUCGUCCCCUUUGUGGACGGGGGCAUUCUCCGGCGGAAGCUCUACAUACACCGAGUCACGCUUCGCAAGCUGCUGCCAGGGGUUCAGUAUGUUUAUCGCUGUGGCAGUGCGCAAGGCUGGAGCCGUCGGUUCCGCUUCAGGGCCCUCAAGAAUGGGGCCCACUGGAGUCCCCGCCUGGCUGUGUUUGGGGACCUGGGGGCUGACAACCCUAAGGCCUUACCGCGGCUGCGCAGGGACACCCAGCAGGGCAUGUACGACGCCGUUCUCCAUGUGGGAGACUUUGCCUACAACAUGGAUCAGGACAAUGCCCGCGUCGGGGAUAGGUUUAUGCGGCUCAUUGAACCCGUGGCUGCCAGCCUGCCGUACAUGACAUGCCCCGGGAACCAUGAAGAACGCUACAACUUCUCUAACUACAAGGCUCGCUUCAGCAUGCCAGGGGAUAAUGAGGGCCUGUGGUACAGCUGGGAUCUGGGUCCCGCCCACAUCAUCUCCUUCUCCACCGAGGUCUAUUUCUUUCUCCAUUACGGCCGCCACCUGGUACAGAGGCAGUUUCGCUGGCUGGAGAGCGACCUCCAGAAAGCCAAUAAGAACCGGGCAGCCCGGCCGUGGAUCAUCACCAUGGGGCACCGGCCCAUGUACUGCUCCAACGCAGAUCUGGACGACUGCACACGACAUGAAAGCAAGGUCCGCAAAGGCCUCCAAGGCAAGCUGUAUGGUUUGGAGGAUCUUUUCUACAAAUACGGAGUGGAUCUGCAGCUGUGGGCUCAUGAGCACUCGUAUGAACGACUGUGGCCAAUUUACAACUACCAGGUAUUUAACGGCAGCGGAGAGAUGCCCUACACGAACCCGCGAGGACCUGUCCACAUCAUCACAGGAUCUGCCGGUUGUGAGGAGCGGCUGACGCCCUUUGCUGUCUUCCCGAGGCCCUGGAGUGCCGUGCGUGUGAAGGAGUACGGGUACACCCGGCUGCACAUCCUCAACGGGACCCACAUCCACAUCCAGCAGGUGUCGGAUGACCAGGAUGGGAAGAUCGUAGAUGAUGUCUGGGUGGUGAGACCCCUGUUUGGCCGGAGGAUGUAUCUCUAGGGAUGGGGGCAGCUCUCCUCCAGAAGCCUACGUUUUGCUGCCUUGGCUGCUGUGACCAGAAACUGCCCAGGCCUGGGUGGGGAUUUGGGUGGGCCCUGACUCCCCUGCCCUCCAGAGGCCCCAUGUAGGGUGCAUGCAGCCCUAUGGAGCUGGGGCAGCUGUUCCCUCCUGGAGAGGUGGGAGUCCUGGCUGGCUGUGGAGGGAGGGCAGGUGUGCGGGCACAGAGUGACACAGAGCAGGUCUCUGCUGGCAGGGCACCACCCUCCUGCAUAGCUCUGAUCGGGCGAGGUGCCCACAGGGCUUCAGGCAUCAAGGGGCUUAAGCCGUGGCUCCAUGGACUCUGCGCAUCUUCCGGGGAUACCCCUGGGCUGCCUCCUGUCCUGCCCACUGGGCAAGGGCAUCACCAGCCUUCCGUCAGCAAGGUGGCCACAACUGUCAUGAUACUACUCACCAGCAGGUGGUGUCGGGGACUUUUUCUUCUGAGCGCGGCAUUGAGAGUUGGUCUGAAGCCUGGCUCCCGCUUCACUGCUCCAGGACUGCUACGGAGAGUCCCUUCGUGCCUCAGUUUCCCAGCCUGGCACCGUCUUAUCCGGGAAGAGGAGACGUGUUAACACUCUUGCCUCCCAGCUAGGACAGAUGAUGAACCACGAGAGCCCACAGACUUGCCAGUUCGUGCCCCCUUUCCUUCCUUUCUUUCCUGUCUUUUAUUUAUUGAAUCAUAAUUUAUCCAGCAUCUACCAUGUGCCAGGCUCUGUUCUCAGAGCUGGAGAGACAGCCAUUUACAAGACAGCCAUUUACAAGACAGCCCUCACAGAGCUGACACCCUAACCAGAGAGUUGGACAAAAACCGCGAUAAAUGAGUUGGUUAAAUGGCGAUUUGUGCAUAGAAAAUGCAGGGACAGUGAAGGAGUGGUUGCAGUUUUCAGGGGGAUCUCACUGAGAGGGCAACAUUUGAUCCGAAGGAGGUGGGGAGGGAGCCAAGUGGGCAGACAUCUGGGGAAAGAGCGUUCCAGGCAGAGGAAUAGCCAGUGCAAAGGCCCUGAGACAGAAAUGUGCCUGGCUGGCCGGGUACAGUAACUCACAUCUGUAGUCCCAGCACUUUGGGAGGCUGAGGCGGGCGGAUCACUCGAGCCCAGGAGUUUGAGACCAGCCUGGCUGACACGGCGAAACCCUGUCUCUACCAAAAAUACGAAAAUUAGCUGGGCGUGGUGGUGUGUGCCUGGAGUCCCAGCUGCCCAGAAGGCUGAGGUGGGAGGAUGGCUUGAGCCCAGGAGGUUGAGGCUGCAGUGAGACACGAUUGCGCCACUGCACCCCAGCCUGGGCAACAGAGCAAGACCCUGUCUCAAAAAAUAUAUGUAAAUAAAAAAGUUUUAAAAAGAGAAAAAUAAAACAAGGAAACGUG